AUGUGCUUGAGUGGUUGCUAUGCUGUGCUGUGCAUGUGUGAGUGUGGGGACGAAGUCAGUGUGACAUUCCAUGAUCGGAAUGUUGCUGGCACGAGUAUGGAGCCCGUGGCUGGUGAGUGCGUGCAAAGUACCCCGUGUGAGAGAAUAUUCAGGGUGAUGGCCCAGAAUGGCAGCAUCGCAGCCAGGCCAGUCACUAGUAGAAAACAGCAUGCUUGCGAUGCCGUUUUGGCACAAAUUGAUGCCAUCACAGUCACUUUUUACGCCAUCGCAAUCACUGUGAUGGGAUCAUUUUGUGUCAAAAUGGCAUCGCGCUUGGCAUCGCAAACUUGCCAUUUGCUACCAGUGAGUCUUGCCCUUCUUGUAACUAACACAGACGAAUGA